AUGGAGCUCCGCCUCCGUCAACGGGUAAUCCGAGCACCGUUUCCCAUGUUCAUCGCCAUUACGUUAUUCCUCCUUCAACUUUUGGCCGUCACGGCCCAAAUUAAUCACAGCGAGUCUUCUACACAACCCUCCGUUAAUUCUCCGUCAGCGACUAGUACUCGAUAUCUGUCGUCAUCAUCUCCAUCAUUAGCUGGAAAACGGAUCUCGUUCAGGUUCAGGUGGAGGAGAAGACGACGUCGUAACAAGGUAAACAGAGCGAGCAUGGAGUUCCUAUUCGCACACAACCUCGUACGUGCGCGCGUGGGAGAACCGCCGUUAGAAUGGGACGGAAGAUUAGCGGCGUACGCGCGCGCGUGGGCGAACAAGCGCGUGGGUGAUUGUAGGCUUGUUCACUCUAACGGUCCUUUCGGAGAAAACAUAUUUUGGGCCGGAAAGAAUAAUUGGAGGCCCAUUGAUGUCGUUAAAGUGUGGGCCGAUGAGGAUAAGUUUUAUGACGUGAAAGCUAACACGUGUGAGCCAGGGCAGAUGUGUGGACAUUACACGCAGAUCGUGUGGAGAGAUAGCACGAAGGUUGGUUGCGCACGUGUGGAUUGUUCAAACGGCGGCGUUUAUGCGAUUUGUGUUUAUAACCCACCGGGAAAUUACGAAGGCGAAAACCCGUUUGGAAGUUACGGAGACCAGAUUGGUCUUGUCCGGGACGAUCCACCGGCGGCGAUCGUUGAGCGACUUAACGAAAUGGCAUGA